CGUUCUCACAUUUAUGCAAUGGCAGAGUGGAGAAGGAAAGGAGUCAACAGAAAUUGUUGCAGCCUGGUUAACUAGUGGGCUAUAUAUUUACAAUCUUUACAUUUAAACAAACAGGAUGAAGGAAAUCGAAGGCCUUAAAACCAUUCAAGCUCUGGCACAGCGCCACGCAGAGAUCCUGAGGACCAAACUCCACAAAGUGUGUUUGGUCCUGAUUGAGCAGGUGAAAAACCUGGGCUCUGCAGUGGCCUGUUCAGCCAUGAACACCGUGGCUGAGCUUUAUGGUCACCUCCAGAGGGCCAUAGACCUGGAGGUGGAGGGAACAGGCCAGGCCUUGCUGCUGAAACUGGCAUCAAACAACUUUAUUCAGCAGCAGGCCAACCUUGCACUGGAUGCAAUAGUGGCAAACUGCAGCCAUGGUCACAUCCUGAGUGCUCUGCUCAACACAAGGCUGAGCCACCAUUGUGCUGCAGUAGAGCCAGCAUGGCACAACACCUACACCAGCUGGCUGACUGCCUCAGAGCAGCACACGUCCUCGCAGCAGGAAGGACAUUCACCGAACGUUUCCUUCUUGCUGUCUCAAAGAUGUGCGUAGAUGGCGCACCAGAAGUGAGGCACCACGGACAAAUAGUCCUCCUGGACCUGGCCCACCAGAGGGACUUCCUGAAAUGCAUUAAUAAUUUUUAUUUUGUUGUAUUUUAAUAUUUACUGUUACUAAUGUUUUAUCAACACAUUUACUGUUCACUGUUUUUGUAAAAUGCUUCUUGAGUUCAAAUGAACUCACAAUCUGUCCUCAGAGAGGGAUCCAUCCUCUGCUGCUCUUUCUCCAUUUUUCCUGCCUUAAACCCUGCACUUUACUUUUUAAUUGAAGUGGUUUUACCAGAAUCUCAUUUAUCGAUACUAUUUGUAAGUGAACCUCACGAAGAAAUCCUCAAAAAAUAACUUUGUACGUCAAGUUUUUGUCAAACAAAGUUCAUGUCUGUUGAAACACAAAUCAAUUUGACACAUUGUGCACAGAAACUGAAUUUAGCCUAUAUGGUCACAUCUAUGCAGAAAGUGCACUAUUACUGUGAUAUUGCAAAAAUGUUUGUAAAAUAAAUACACUUACCCAUUUAUCAAACAGA